UGUUGAGUGCUUUUUGGGGAUUUCGUCUUCUCCUUCUCCUUCUCCUUCUCCGUACGCGUUCUAUUUCUUGUUUGUUCUUAUUAAUUAAAAAAGGGAGGAUUCCCAUUUCCAAUUUUCCAUUGGAUUUCUAUUUCCAUUUGGGGGCUCCUCUCUCUGUUUGGGUAAUGCUUUGUGCUUAAUCUUCACCGGCAAAGGCUUAAAAAUUAGACUUCAUUUUUUCUAUCAGUUGGCGGACCUUCACAUAUUUACCAUCACCGAUGAAACUAGGCUACAUCUAAUCUGAAAUGAUUGAACAGAUUUCUUUUGUAGAGUAUAUAUGGGCUGAUUUGGACAUUUCAUGGGAGUUGUAGAGGAUAAUGAACCGCCUUUGAAACGUGUAAAGGUGCCCUUAGGAAAAUCAAAGAACUUCUUGGAGCCCUCAUCUGUUACAGAGCCAGUAGCUCGCUCAUUGGGAGAUUUAAUGGCUUGUCCUCUAACCUCCCAAGGAGAUGGAGAAACAGUUGGAUCAAGAGGAGUCAUUAAGAGAUUGGAAUUUGUCAAAAUCAUAACUAGGGCACUGUACUCACUUGGUUAUGACAAGAGUGGAGCUCUUUUGGAGGAAGAAUCAGGUAUACCCUUGCACUCACCUGUGGUUAGCUUGUUUCUGCAGCAAGUGAUGGAUGAAAAGUGGGAUGAAAGUGUGGCCACGUUACAUAAAAUUGGUAUUUUGGAUGGACUAACUGUGAAAUUGGCUUCUUUCUUGCUAUUGGAACAGAAGUUCCUCAAAUUUCUGAAAAUGGAUAAUAUUGUUGCUGCCCUAGAUACCCUAAGGAAUGAGAUUGUGCCUCUUCAUAUUAAUUUUAACCGUGUUCAUGAGCUUGCUGCAUGUGUUAUUUCUCCUUCCCGGUGUUCAAUUUUUGCUCAGGAUACUGAGGGUGCAAAUUCAAGGUCAAAGAUUAUAGAAAAACUACAGAAGCUGCUACCUCCUACAGUCAUGAUUCCUGAGAAAAGGUUAGAACAUCUUGUUGAGAAGGCUCUCGAUGUACAACGUGAUUCUUGUGUGUUCCACAAUACUUUGGAUAGUGAUCUGUCAUUAUACUCGGAUCAUCAGUGUGGACGAAACCAGAUUCCUUCUCAAACAAUGCAGAUUCUUGAAGCACACAGUGACGAAGUUUGGUUUUUGCAAUUUUCACACAAGGGCAAAUAUUUGGCCUCAUCGUCCAAGGAUCAGUCAGCAAUCAUAUGGGAGAUUAAAGAGGAUGGUCAAGUGUCAUUGAAGCAUGCGUUAAGGGGUCACCAGAAACCAGUAUUGACGGUUUCAUGGAGUCCUGAUGACAACGAACUCCUUACUUGCGGACAGGAAGAGGUUAUCAGACGCUGGGAUGCCAGUUCUGGAGAAUGCAUCCAUAUUUAUGAAAAAGUUGGCAUCGGCUCAGUCUCCUGUGGAUGGUUUCCUGAUGGUAGGGGGAUUUUUGCUGGCAUGACUGACAAAAGCAUCUGCCUGUGGGAUUUAGAUGGAAAGGAGCUGGAAUGUUGGAGAGGGCAGAGGGCAGUCAAAAUAUCAGACACAGCCAUAACUGAUGAUGGAAAGAGGAUCAUAAGCAUAUGUAGAGAUACUGCAAUACUGUUGCUUGACAGGGAAGUGAAAUUUGAAAGGCUGAUUGAAGAGGAGCAAAUGAUUACUUCGUUCUGUCUAUCAAAAGACAACAAAUUUCUUCUGGUUAAUCUUAUAAACCAAGAAAUCCACCUGUGGAGCAUUGAAGGCAAUCCCAAGAUUGUGUCCAAGUACAAAGGUCAUACACGUGCUCGAUUCGUCAUCAGAUCCUGCUUUGGUGGAUUUGAGCAAGCUUUUAUUGCAAGUGGGAGUGAGGAUUCUCAGGUGUAUAUAUGGCAUCGAGGCUCUGGAGAACUCCUAUUGGCACUUCCUGGGCAUUCUGGAGCUGUUAACUGCGUGAGCUGGAAUCCAGCAAAUCUUCACAUGCUAGCUUCUGGUAGUGAUGACCGUACAAUUCGAAUAUGGGGUCUAAACCAUCACAGCCUGGAGCAGAGAAAUCAAAGCAAUGGCAUCACUCACGCCUGCAAUGGAAGAAGUUGAAACAUUUUCCGAACAGAUGCGGAGUUUAUCCAAAGUUACCAAAAUACUAAUGUUCUUUAAGUUGAUUGAAAUUUGUAAAAGACCUUGGAUGAUUUACUUGUGUUCAUGGCAUCUGAUAGCUGGCAAAAUGGUACCAAUUGUGAGCUAGCUAUCUAUCAACAGAAUACAAAUUUAAUUACCAUUGUUCUUUCAUUUCUUUAUUA